AAUAAAAAAACUUCAAAAAGGCGAAGAAAGAGAAAAGGAGAACAAGUGCCAUACUCAAAUGAAGAAGCAGAAUAUGUUCUUUUGAUAUAAAUACACAGAUUGUAUCAAAUUUCUAUGGAGAAGAGAGCCGAGCAAAUGAUAAAGACUGAGAUUUCCAUGGCAAAUUCCACAUUCAUCACGGAGGAGCUUUCCACUAGUUUUGCUUUAUCAUCCACAACCCCAACAUCAGCCAGCAUCUUUGACAUGAUGCCAUGUGAUAUCGGUGAUAAAGCCUCUUUAGGCAUCAUGGACUUGCUUGAUAGCAACCAAGAUUUUGGUACUUCUUUAUUCGAUUGGUUUCAGCCUCCGAUUGUUCCUCACCAACCCUUACCUUCACCGGCGUCUACUGUUCCCGAAUCAUCCGAGGUCUUGAACACUCCGGCCACUCCUAACUCCUCCUCCAUCUCUUCAUCCUCGAAUGAACCAGGAAAUGAGGCACAAGCUAAAGCUGGAGAUGAAGAAGAGCUGGAUCAAGAAAAGAACAAGAAACAGUUGAAACCCAAGAAGAAGAACCAGAAAAGGCAAAGAGAGCCAAGAUUUGCUUUCAUGACAAAGAGCGAAGUUGAUCACCUAGAUGAUGGAUAUAGAUGGAGGAAGUACGGCCAGAAAGCAGUGAAAAACAGCCCUUAUCCUAGGAGCUAUUAUCGUUGCACUAGUGCAGGAUGCGGGGUGAAGAAGAGAGUAGAGAGAUCAUCUGAAGAUCCCACCAUAGUUGUUACAACCUAUGAAGGACAACACACGCAUCCAAGUCCCAUAACCCCUCGGGGAAGUAUCGGACUUUUGCCAGAUUCAGGUGGUUUCGGUGCUGCAACUUCUUUUGUUAUUCCACAACCUCAGUACCAGCAACAGCAACAUGCCUACAUGUAUAGCUCAUCACCUUCUCUGAAUAUUAGCACUAGUAGUAGUAGUUUCUAUCCCCCGUUUUCUCCAAGUUUUCUUCAAGAGAGACGGUUUGGUCCUUCAUCAGCUUCCUUCUUUAGAGACCAUGGGCUUCUUCAGGACAUCGUGCCCACCCAGAUGAGAAAGGAAACUACAGAGGAGUAGAAGGAUUUGCAGUUUAGUUUGCUGGUAUGUAAUUACUCACUUAUGGGGUUUCCUCUCUGGAGAAAAUCCCGCUUCAUCGAUCACCAAGUCUUAAUUUCAAUGACACAGAACCUUAAUUAUAGCUAGAAAAUGAUCGAUGGUGAUGAUGAUGGAGAUGACUAUCCUUUUAAUUAGCAGCUUAUAUAUGCAGGGACUCGUUUCCUUUGUUUCGUAUGGUCCUUUUUUGUUAUUCUUUGUAUGCAGAGUUUAAUUAUCCGGUUAUGGAGAUAUUAGAGUUUGUCU